UUCGACACUCCCCGGAAUGAGAGUUCUGGGUGUGUGUGCGCUGCUCUUGGCACUGCUUGCCAGUUGCCAGGGCUACAACAGCUUCAGAAGCAGUUAUCGGACCAGUUCCUCAUCCUCAUUUGGUAAUGGACAAUCGCAAGCUCUGCUACAGCCAACUAUACAGCUCAGUACCUGGGGUGAAAUUCAUAAGGUUGAGGUGAGGGAAUUUGCUAAUCGCUUGACUGAGGAAUAUAAUGCGAUGUCCUCUGGAGGCAGCAACAGUCUGGGACACUCCUUCAACUGGAGCCCAAAUAUUCAGCAGUUAAGUGGAAAAAGUGCCAGCGAGUUGGAUGCAUUGUGUUUCCAGACUAGUCAGAAGUUGGUAAAUGAUAUGCGCCAAGGACUCAUAAGCUAUUCCAAUAUUGUGCAGCCAAUGUUCUUCGAUGCGAAGGCAGAAGAAGUUCUACAGCGAUAUGCCAGUGAAGGAGGAGGAAGUCUACAGCAGACGGUGGACCUUAAUCCCUUCCAUCCGGUCGAUUUGAGUGGCUUUGAUGAGGUGAAGAACUACGCGUAUCCGGCUGAGGUGAAGGUCAUCGAUGGCAAAACUUAUGUGGUGCAUCGCAACUGCACAGAGGCUACAAAAAUAACAAACAAUGUUGGCCAGGUUACCCAUGGAUACCAUGUUCAGCAGCCAAUGUCUCCGACCAGUGUCACCUCAACUGUGACACAGAGAGAAAAUCUGCAGAAUUGGAUUCGACAGCGUAUGGAGCCAACAGUAAUGGGAUACAGAUCUAUUGUCAAUGUCGAUGAUAGUCGAGGUGCCGCAUUUAAUGCCCCAUCCUACAGUCAGAUUAGUGCAGUUCCCACCUUCAACCAGGUGAGCUCGCCCAGCUCGAGUUCCUCGGUGACAGUUAGUCGUUUGAAUAAGAUGAUUACAACACACCCGGAUGGUACGAGCUCUAUAGAUGGCUCAGAGUCUCAGCAACGUUGGGUGGAUGGGAAACUCGUCUACGAUAAUCAGCGACCCUUUGGCCAAUCCACGGUGCCACGUGACGAGCAAUGGAAGCGGGAGGAGCGUGAACACUUCUUCUGGUAUUUGACAUCCCGGCAAAGCUUGGAGAGCUGGCAGCAUCAGCAGGAGGAUCGUCUGCUUGGAGUGGUUCAUCGUUAUCACACCACUUUGCCAAACUUGCAUGAGUUCCAUCGCCGGGAGCUGGCGCGUUAUCAUGCGUUGUUGGGUCAGUAUCAGUCACAGGUUCAGGAUGCCAACAGUUGGCAGCGACAGGAGCGCGGUCGUCUCGACUGGCUCAUCCAUCAGAAUAGCCUGACGACUCAGGAGUUCGAUCGCUGGCAGCGCGAGAAUAACGAUAAGUUGCGUCAGCUGGCACAGAAGUAUGGUGUCCAGCAGGAUGAACUGCAGCAGUGGCAACGUCAGGAACUGCAGCGUCUCUACGUGCACUUUAACCACGUCAACGACUCCCUUGGUCCCAGUCAUCAAACUCACAUUCCAUCUACAAGCAUACCCGACUCCAGUUCGUUGAUUGCCGACAAUGCCCAGGAGCAACAGCGUCUGGAUGAUCUCAUUCGUCAGCACAAUGCGACAAUUGCCCAGCUGCAGAACUCGAUACGCACCGAUCAGCAGCGCCUGAAGGAUCUGUCGAUCAAGUAUCAGGGUGACAUGCAGAGCCAGACACAGUGGCUACGUGGGGAAGUGGCACGCAUCGGUGAUUUGAUCAAGGAGCAAAAUGAGCAGGUGACCAGGUUGAGUACCUGGCAGACCUCGGAGCGUGCUCGCCUCGAGUCCAUGCUGAAGGAACAUCGCGGCAGCUUGACCGGUCUGCAGCAACAGAUGGCCCAGGAUCGCAGCUAUGUCCAGAAUCUGGCGGCCCAAUAUCGUGUGGGAGUCGAUGAGCUGGAGAAAUGGCAGCGUGAGGAGCUGCAGCGAUUGCAGCUGGUUGGACAACAGCAGCUGGAGAAUCACAUCAAGGAUUGGCAGUCAGCAGUCAGCACAAGUCUGCGCAACAUCAUUGCACAGAAUCAACUCACCAUCGAGCAGUUCCAGAGCUCAAUUAUCAAUGAUCGUGCCCAACUGGAGCAGUUUGCACGGACUUACAAGGUGCGCGUGGAUGAGAUUGAAUCGUGGAUCAAGAGCGAGUUCAACAAAUUCAAGUCCGAGGGUCUACUCAAGGAUGUGCAACAGGAGCUGGUCACAUGGCAGCAACGGGAACGCGAGAGACUCGAGACUCUGGUGCAGCACAACUCGUUGACUGUGGAUCAACUGGAGUCGAAGAUCAAGAAGGAUCAGUCGCAUUUCUUUGAGCUGGCCAACACAUAUCAGGUGCAAGUGACGGACAUUCAGGAUUGGUUGAAGCAGGAGCUGCAGCGUCUGCAAAACGAGGGUCUACUCAAGGUUGAGGCACUCAAGGAUUGGCAGCUGGCCGAACGUCAGCAGAUCUCCAAGCUGGUUCAACAGAACAAGUAUUCCACUGAUGAGUUUGAGAGGAAACUCUUGGCCGACCGUGCUCGCCUUAACGAUCUAUCCAAGACCUAUAAUGUCCAGGUAUCUGAGAUCGAGCAAUGGAUUCAAUCCGAGGGCGAUCGUCUGCAGCGUGAGGGACAAUUACACAUGGAGACGCAGCUCAAUAAUUGGCAGAAGAUUGAACGUCAACGUCUUUUGGAUCUGAUCAACAAGAACGAUCUGUCCAUUGAGGAUCUCGAGAAGAAGAUCAGCAAGGAUCAGACUCAUCUCUAUAGUCUGGCCCAACAGAAUCAAGUGCGCGUCGAAGAGAUCGAGCAAUGGAUCCAGCAGCAGAUCGAGAAACUCAAGAAGGAUGGCCUGCUCGAGAUGCAGAGACUGCAGAACUGGCAACAGGAAUGGCGUGGCAAUCUGACCAACAUGGUACAGGAGCGAGACUACACUGUCGAGGAGUUCCACAAGUGGUUGCUGCAGGAUCGUGCUCGUCUCCAGAGCCUGGCCAUGCAGCAUAAUGUCCAGAUCGAGGAAAUCGAACAGUUUGUCAAGAAGGAGGAGCAUCGCUUCAUCGAGAUGGGUUUGCUUAAGCCAAGCGAACGUCUGACCAACUGGCAGGAAGUGGAGCGUCUGCAUCUGAAGAAUCUGGCACAGCAGCAAUACAAAUCCACUGAACAACUGGAAGCCCGUCUGCGUCAGGAUCGUGAGUUACUCGAGAAAUUGGCUCGCCAGUACAGCGUGCAGGUGGAGGAGAUCGAGAGCUGGAUGAAACAGGAACUUGCUCGUAUGCGGGACGAGGGUCAACUGCAGAUCGACAAUCUCACCUCGUGGCAAUUGGCGGAGCGUGAACGUCUCGAGACGCUGAUCAAGCAGAACAAACAAUGGAACGCCGAGGAUCUUCAAGCCGAACUGCGUAACGAUCGUGAACACAUGCAGACCAUGGCCUUCCAGUAUCACACAUCUGUGGAGGAGAUCGAACGCUGGGUGCAGUCCGAGAUCGAGCGUCUCAAGCAGCAGGGCAAGCUCAACAUCGAGAAGUUGACGGCGUGGCAACAAACCGAACAACAGCGUAUUCUCAACCUGCUUCAAUCCCAGUCCAACAUAACGUUGGAUCAGUUCCAGGCGAAGGUACAAAACGAUCGCAGCUUCCUGCUCAAUCUGGCGGAUCAGCAUCAUGUAAGCGUCAUGGAGAUUGAAUCGUAUGUGACGCAAGUGAUCGAAGAUCUGCAUAAGAAGGGCAAGUUUGAGGUCGAACAGUUGCAGUCGUGGCAGUUGGUGGAACGUGAUUACAUCAAGUCCAUGAUAGCCGAGUAUAAGAAUGGACUGUCCACGGAAGAGUAUGAACGGAAGUUGCUUGCCGAUCGGGCGCAUCUCAAUCAAUUGGCGGAACAGUAUCGUCUGAAUGUGGAGCAAAUCGAGGAGUGGAUGAUUGCCGAACUCAAGCGUCUCAGAGGCAACACGGAGGCAUCGCUAAAGACUCUGAGUGCUUGGCAGGUGUCGGAGCUGGAACGCCUGCAGAGUCUGGUGAAGGAGCAGACCCAUCUCACCUAUGUGGAGUUCGAAAUGGAACUGCAAAAGGAGCGCGAACGCCUCCAGAGCCUGGCCAAUCAAUAUUCCGUCAAUGUGGAAGAGAUUGAGCAAUGGCUGCGCCAGCAACUCAUCAAUCUGAAGACAACGGGCAAUGCCAAGGUCGAGAAUCUAACGAAAUGGCAGAUUGCCGAACAGGAGCGUCUUAUUGAGUUACUUUUGAAGCAUCAACAGGAUGGCAGCUACGAUGAAGUUGAACGUGAACUGACCAAGGAUCAUCAACGUCUCCAGAGUCUGUCGCAAACGAAUCAUGUGAGCAUCGAUCAGGUGGACAAUUGGCUGCGUGAAGAACUGAAUCGUCUGCAGAACUCAGGACUUGUCGAGUUCCAGAAGCAAACCCAAUGGCAGCAACAGAUCAGCAGUGGCUUCAACAACUGGCUCAAGCAGCAACGGGAUUCAACAAGCUAUCAGGAGUUUGUGGAGUUUUUGAAGCGCGAUAAGGCGCGUCUCAAUGGCAUCGCCAGCGAUUAUCAUUUGACUGUGGAGCAGGUUGAGGAAUGGGUUAAUAAGGAGACAGCAAGACUUUCGCUGAUUGGGUCGAUUGAGAAGCCACAGGAUAGCGUUAGCUAUGAGCAGAUUAACAUCUGGAACCAACAAAGCGCCUCUCAGCCAUGGCAGAAGUACUUGACAAACCGCCUUCGCAUUGAGACGAAUCUCAAGCCCAUGACCUGGCAGGAAUUCGAGCUGUACUUGGUACGCGAUCGUCCGGCCCAUGAGCGUUUGGCCCAGCAGUACCACAUCACCGUGGAGGAUAUACAUCUGUGGCUUCGGGACUCAGCCAGGCAGCUGGCCAAGGAGGGUCUCGUCACUGGCUCUUUGACCGUCGAGGAAUGGCAGCUUAAGGAGCAACAAUAUAUACAGAAUCUGAUCGAUCAACAAUUGAGCCGACGUCAGAAGUGGACCAUUGAGGAGCUACAGCUGAAGCUGCUCAACGACCAGCAGCAUAUGUUGGAUGUGAUGCAUCAAUAUCGAAUAAGCAUGGAAGAACUCAAAGUCUGGUACAACAAUGAGCUCAAGCGUCUGUUGGAUUUGCGUAGGAUUGAGCAAGGAUUCGGCUUGCAGUGGCAGACAAAGGAAUUGGAACGCAUCUACCAGACCGUCGUCCGACAUCCCAUCAACAUUAAUGCGUUGGAGCAGCUUCUGUUGCGCGAUGUGAACACCCUGGCGCCACAAUACCAUGUCAGCGUUGAGGAACUGCGUGUGUUUAUCCACGAGAAGCUACAGAGGUUGUCGGACAUGGGUCUCAUUGUGGAUGGCACCGCUGUGGGCAUCGAUUGGAAGGCGCAGGAACGUCUGCGUUUGCGUCAGAUUGGCGCCAGCGUUAUCAUCACCAGCAAGGAGCUCCUGGAGCACAUCUCCGCGGACAACAGCUAUCAGAAUGACUUAACUCGUCUCUAUGGCGUCAGUCUGCAACAAUUGGCGCCGGUUCAGCGCAUUAAUGUGGACAAAAUGGCCCAGGAACAUCUGCUCGAGCAGCGUAACCUCAUUGUGCUCACCUCCUGGCAGCAGAAGGAACGAGAUCGUCUCUACGAAUUCAUUGGCACCCAGAACAUGACACUGCGUCAGCUGCGCGAUUGGCAGCGUCAGGAUGAGGAGAAGCUUCAGAGAUUGGCCCAACAAUAUCUGAUUUCUCUGCAGGAGUUGAAGGCGUGGCAGCUCAAAGAGUUCGAACGCAUCAUGGCCGUCGCUCGUUACUAUGGCAUGACUCUAACCGAGCUCCAGAAAUUCCGCGAUGAUGAACUCCAGUAUCUGACCUACUUGAAUCAUCGCAAAAUCUUGAAGCCAACGGAGUCUCAGAGCUAUGAGUCCAAGCAGCAAUGGAGAUUGCAGCAGCUGCAAUCCAAGUACAGUAAAUACGGUCAGGAGUUGAGCAUGUGGCGACGCAUCUUGUACCUGCUCAGCCAGGGAUUGAUUAAUCUGCCCGUCAACAACAACAACAACAACAACGGUGGUUACAUUGUGGAUCCGGGCAAAGCCGGUGCCACGGCAGUGAAUAAACCCACUUUCUCCAAGGAUCGCGGCGAUCAACCUCCUCAUGUCUAUGAGGAGAACGACAAUGAAGAUGACGAGCCUGGUCUAGAGGGUGAAACAAAGUCUCCUUUGCCACAGCCACUGCCUCAGCCCAUGCCCGUAGCAUCCACUCCAGCUCCUCUGUCAUAUCAACUUAAUUCUCCAAGUGGAGGCUUUGAAUAUCGUCGCCAAGAUUACACCAUCAAUGUGCCUGUGGGCACUGCAUCUGCCUCGGCCAGCGGUGGACCAACUGGAUCCUCGGCCAGUGCCAGUGCCAAGCUGAGCAAAUGGAGUCGGGCGGCAGGCGAGGAGCCAGACUUCGGACAACAGCAGCAGGUGGAUCUGAGCUGGAGUGAGGAUCAACUGGAUGGUGGACAGCAGCAGCAGCAGGAGGAGAAAUUCGAUUGGAAUGCCAACUACAAUGAUGGUGGCCAACAGCAGCAACAAUUGCUUGACAAUCAACAGGAACAGGACUUGGGACAAGUGCAGGUUGAGGAUUUGACGGGUCAAGGUUAUGGUUCUCAGUAUGGUCAAAUGCACCAAGCAAAACCAGUUGAAGCUACGACGCAACCCAGCUUUUUUGGUAAAAUUAAGAAUAAAUUUACCGACAUCGUCGGUUAGAAUUCAAAACGAAAAACUGCCAUUAAAACAAAAGGAAACACCAAAAAAAAAAAAAGAAAACGAAUUCACAAAUGGGAACGCACAAAAAAAAUUCUACAAACGUUUCUUUAAUCUGUUAGUUAAGUCUUAAAGGAAAUGUUGUAAGUUUUGUUUGUUUGUUUGUUUUUGUGGAUGGGGUCACAGUUGACCGCAUCUACUACUACUAAAUAUACAUAGAUACAUAUAUGUGUAAUACUCGCUCUAUAAGAACCUACCUUUGUAUUUUGUUUUGCAUUUUUUGUCUAAUAAACUUUGAAAAUAUAUAAUUAGCAACUGUA